CAUGCCUCGUAUGUCAUUCUCAUAAAAGAUAGCCGCUGAUUCAAUCUGUAAACAAUGCGGACUUCAUUGCAACUCCUGGCGUCAAUCUCUAGGACUCAGCCCUCCAAGCUCAAAAAAUCCACCAUUGGCCUUGAUCAUUUCAUUCAAAGACAAAGAGUUUUGGCUUUUUGGCGCGAGAUAGUUAGAGCACUGAACUCGAUCCCUAGUUCAUCAACUCGCGAUGAGCUGCGCAACUAUGCCCGCAAUGAGUUUGAACGGCACCGCGAGGUGACAGACUUGCAACACAUUCGAUACCUGCUCUCAACUGGCAAAGCUGAGUUCGAAACAAUGAGGCGAUACCUUGACGAGCAAAUUGUGGGUUAAUUGAACCAACUGGUAUUUGCAGUGCGAGCAGUAAAGAGUAGCUGGCGGAGAGUGUGCAUUUUCCUCGAACAGUGAGAAUGUUGUUUUUAUGUACAAUAAGGAUAGAUACCCAGAUUAAUUGGCAGAAAUGAACGAACAACCGCAAGAA